UAUUGAUAAAACUUGAUAUUUUAACAUCCCAGUUUAAAAUGCAUAAAUAAGCAAUUUGAAUACUUUUUUCAUACACAUUUUAAGCUGAAUAUUUUUAUUCUAAGAUAGCAAUUAUAUUCUUAAUAAAAAGGUAUACAUAUUAACAUUAGCAUUAUUAACAUAUUAAAAUUAUGAACCGCCCUCGUAAUCAAGCUGAACAUGAGCUUAAAGCAAGAGCUCGGAUAUAUGUUGCAAAUAUACCCCAAGCCGGCAUGUCUAGAAAAGAAGUUGUUUCUGUAUUUCAUAAAUAUGGAGAAAUUGACAAUGUUUCCUUGCAAACUAGACAUGUUUUUGUUCAAUUUGUGGAUGAAUCAUCAGCACUUAAAGCACUUGCUCAAAAUCCACCAGAUUAUAUAAUGAGCAAAAAACUUGAUGUAAAACCAGUUCGACCAUUUUUUUAUAGAAAUGGCGAACUUGUCAAGAAUGAAAGAGCAACUAAUUUUGAUGCAAAUGAAAAAAGGAAUGAAAACAGAAUUCAACAAAGAGAUACUUAUGAUGAUUUUAGGCAGGGUAAAACACUCAUUAAUCCAAAUCUCAUGAAUCCAAAUGCUCCAAAUGAUUGUGAAAUUGUAGUUACAAAUAGUUCAUUGACUGAAUAUGCUGAGUUUCUAGAAGUUAACCUUAAAAAGCUAAACAUGAAAGUUGAUUUAUUGUUUCCAAAUCCUGAUAUACCUAUAAAUCGUGUUCUUGGAACAUUAGCUCAAAGAGGAACUUUAUAUGUAUUAGUUGUGAGAGAAGAAAACAAACAAUAUAGAAGUGUUACUGUUGAUAUACUGCAUGGAAUUCCAGAAGAACACAGAAAUAUGCCAUAUAAAGAUGCUCUUACAUUAAUUGUUCAUAGUUUUGAUGCAUAUAUGAGGGGAGAAAAAAUGGCUCCAAUUCCUGGUGUAACUGGUAUUCCUAUAUCUGAAUGUGGUAUUCCACUGGGGGAUAAACAUCCUGAAGGUAUAACAACACUAUUAAAUUUACUACAAGAUCAGAGAGAUCUUACUGUACUACAAUAUGAUAUGAUACUGCAAUAUUUAAAAGAAAAAAAAGAAGAACACAUUAAAGAAGAAGUUGGCGUUAUUCCAAAUUUCAACAAAACUGUUUCAGAUGUACCUAUUCUUCCAGCUGCAACAGCUAUUCAAAAUCCACAAGCUGCUCAACUUCAAAAUCGCAUUUUAAGUAUUCUUAAUACAUCUUUAUCAUCCAAUUCGCAAACUACAUCAACAACUGAACCUAAUCAAACUGAAAAAGAUUCAACUAGUAUUCUAAAAGAACCUAAUAUACAAAAAGCAUUGGAAAGUUUAUUCCAUGGGGGGAACUUACUAAGGAAAUAAUUAUUACAGUUUAACUAUAUUUUAUUAGUAGACAAUAUUAUUUAAUUAAUUUUUUUAUUGUGUGAUUAUAAUAAUUUAUCAUUAUUAUUUCUUAUGAUUCAUUGUUUUUUUAGCAUUUAAAUUCAUAAAUAUAUGAUAGAGAACAAUACUUAAUUGUUAU